AUGCCUCGAUGCCGCCCCAGCCGCACCGCGCCCUGCCUUCGAGCAGACCUCCAACGGUGGUCCGGACUUCGACGGUUCUCACGCGACUCACGGGCAGCGUGCUGGGCUAGCAAGUCGCUGCGGAUCGCUGGGCGCGAACCGCGACUUCCUCGCCACGACCGUCGGCGCCGACAGCCGUGGCCAGGAUGUCGAGCCACGUCACCCGAGUUUCGCCGUCGUGAUUCGCCCGACAUUGGUUUCUGCCGGACGCUCGCUCGCCUUCUUCGACCCGCUCGAAGGCUCAAGCCGGUUACAGCUGCAAGAGAAGGAGAUCGAGGUUCGAGACUGCAUCUUGGCCAUACAAGCUUGCUCGGAAUCGCUAUUCGCUUCGCGCUGCCGCGACGCAAGCUCGCACAGACUUGCUCCUGCCUUCCGUUCGAUGCCUUGCCCGUUCUUACUACGACGAAGUCUCGUCGCUCACCCUCGGCCUGCGAAAUCCUCUACGACCUCGACAACAACUCCCCAAGAACUCCCGCCUCCCAUCCUCCUUCCAACACAACGUCAUUCGCUCGCGGGUUGACACAAUGA